CCCCGAUCGCCUUCAUCUCUUGACCAACGGUCUUCUCUGGCAACACGUUAUGGCGGACCCACGCAGCCACGAUAUCCUCGCCGUUAUGCUCGUCCAUGACACCUUUGUCGACUGCCUCGACCUGCAGACUCUUGGGACUCUACUGUUAUAUCCACAUGAGGCAGCUGGGGCGUCCUCGAUCACCGGCAUCCUACCAGAAGGAAUUCUUGCUCUGGAGUGAAGCGUACCGCAACGAGCCGCUCCUCGUCGCUCUGCAGCAGCAUUUCAAGUCCCUCAACAUCAUGCACCGGCACCCUCUCUGGCUCUCCGAAGCCCUCGUCAACGAUGUGAGAUCCCUGGACCAGCUGAGCCAAGACCAGUUCUUCCAGCUGCUCGAUGGUGGCCAUCUUCUGAAUCCUCCCAGUUCCACUCAUCGGAGCAGCUUGGCAAUUGUUCGUCCCCGACAUCACCCGCUGUUUCAGACUUGCCAACUCGCCAGGCUGCUGCCCCAUGAGCAGUAUGCGAUAGCACACCUUGCACAGCUUCAUCUACUGCUCGGCGACUGCACCUUCUCAACGGUGUCUGGAUGGCCUCGGUCGCUGUCCAACGUCAUCCGUCUGAUCGUCCGAGAGACGACGGACGCUCAAGUAGCCUGGGAUUGGGUAUCGGUGCCGGCGAUGCCUCGACUGAUGCACCUAUCUCUCUCGCCCUCCGUCGAGAGUCUGCAAGGCAUGCCGCCAUUCGGCAGAACCCUCACAGCGCUGGAUCUGUCGAGAUGCAACCGACUCAGAACCCUCCGCGGCCCGACAUGGGAAUGUCCCUCGCUUACAUAUCUGUCGCUCCCUGCGUCGCUGGAGAAUCUGGAUGGCAUGUGGUCGUCGCUGCCUUUGCUCGCGACGCUGGAUGCCUCGCGCUGCCAAUCGGUCGUCUCUCUCAAGGGUCUGCCUUCCACUCUCCCGCGACUGGAGCAGCUCUUUCUACCAUGCGGCUUGGAGAACAUAGUCGGGUUGCCGAUUUGCCUGGACAGACUGCGGAAGCUCGAUCUGACGGCUUCGGUGAGACUCAUGAACUUGGCCGGUCUGGCUGCCUCUUUGCCCAGACUCGAGACCCUUGCGCUGUCUCCAUCUGUCGAAACACUGCUAGGGAUGCCAGUGUCACUCGAAUCACUCCAGGCCCUAGACUUGACCGCCUGUCGGCUGCUUACGACUUUGAUGGGUCUGCCUGCCGGUCUGCCAAAGCUGGAGCGGCUUGCCCUCCCGGCAUCGCUCGAGUCUCUUGAGGGCUUGCCGUUGUCCAUGGACUCGCUCAGGCGAAUGGAUCUGUCUCGCUGCGACAGUAUUCGUCGCUUGACUGGAUUGCCGACUCAUCUGCCUGUUCUGGGAUAUCUCUUACUUCCAAAGUCCCUCGAAUCCCUGGAUGGAAUGAACAUGCAGGGGAUGCCGCGGCUCAAGCACCUUCGGCUCUCCAGCAAACUGCGAUCUACUGCCGCAGUCCAGGAGCAACUGACCAUCCUGUCUCACCACGCAAGUGCUUGUGCUGUGGUUCUCUAUACCUCUCAAUGAGCCCAGACUUUUCCAUCCUUGGCAAUGCCUGUGGAAUGCAACUACUCUCGAUCGCCGUGAAGGGCGCUGGCCCUUUGUCAACCCUCUCGAGUCUUGUACAUCCCGACGGAACUUCGAGGCGCCUGUCGCUGGAGACGAGGUGAUGAGAGACAUGUCAAAGACCCCCAUGAACAUAUCCGCAUGACGCACAUCGGGUGGCAUCAUCAUGU